AUGAGCCAGAGAGCCCAGCCCCCCACAAGCGGCACCCACCGGCCCCGGGCGCCACCAGGAGCCGUUGCGUCGGCCGUUCGACCUAAUCUUUUCCGCAGCCAGCUCACGCGACGACCAACGGCGAGCUCCUCCAACUCGGCGGACACGGUGCGCCUCGACGUGGAAGUGCUCCCGGACAGUGGCGAGAUUGUGGUGAGGAACCAACAGGGCGAGAUUGAGCUGGGCGAUCCACCGACGCCCAUCCUGGAGACGGACGAGCCCGAGGACCGGGACGAGAGCGAGAAGGAGCGACAGAGACUGGCAGAGGCGGUGAAGCAUCACAGCAUCAACCAUAGCACGGUGCCGGAUCAACCCGAGGAGCUGCUGGAGGCCGUGAGGGCCAGUCUACGCGCCAAGGUCGCGGCUCUCGCGGACGACAACUGGAUGUUUGAGGCUGAGGAUCAAAUUCGAUAA